CCUGUAAAGGUACGGACCAUUUUGUCUUUCAGCAGGUUGAGUCACACAACUUCUUGUUCGAGGUUUCCCAUAGACGGCGCCAAAUGUUUGGGCAGCUUCGUAGUCCAACACUGUUGAAGUCCUCAGCUGCUUUCACACCUGAAAAUCCCGAGGUUGUUUCCUCGGGAAAACACUCCAACGCUCAAGUUAGCAAUACUCAAUACUUUAGAGAGAGAGGCUCUCAAGGAUGGGCGUUGGGCCUAAUCCCAACAUUACUCCCCCCUAAGCGUUUGGUUGACGAACUGGAUGGGAGUCUUGUUAGCACGGCGUUUGGCCCUAAAGAUGAGGAGGGAUACUUUGCGUACAUGAACGACUUCACGUAUGGACGGCCUGACCGGCUUGAAGGCAUCGUGCCUGGCCAGAUGUGCCAGUGUAUGCCGGCCUUAUUGCGAGCAGGCGUGAAGAGUUGGUUUUACGACCGGUCGAGCAGCCGCGCAAGGGUGACCUUGCAUGAUGAAUUCCCUACGGCGGAGCGGGGGCGAGCGGAUAGUGAACGAGCUGAACACACUGACCCUGGACGGGCAGAGAAUAGCGGCCACACUCGUUACUUCGAUAUAGCACAUUCGUACGUUUUCAGAGAAGACUGCAGAGACAUUCACGGCCAUUUUCCCAGAUUUCCAACGAAAGCACCUUCAACUAUUCAGGUAAAAAUGGCUUCUUUCCACGAUGCGCGAGAGUUCCGGGGUAACCAAGGUGAAGAGGAGGAUGUCGACGUAAUAUCCGUGGAGCCUAUCGCGAUGGUAGUGCCACCGGAGUUGCAGGAUUCGCCCAGAACCGCCGCGCCUGAGAGUAACACCAGUUCGAGCGUAAGUGGUGGCUGUGAGGGUCACCAACCUUCAACCUCCAGUGAUUCGCCCACAGAAGAGACACCCAGUGGGGCAGAGGGUGUUGAGGAGGUUGGUUGCAGUGCACCGGUUACGAGUGCAGCAGCGGAGGUGGUGGUGUUCGAAGGGUGGGAGAGUAAAGUUUUGAGUGGACGACUGUACAACCUUCGUAAGGCUCCAAAAACCCUCCCGGCCGGCUUCAAGUUCAAGGCGGUGCUGCAUCACGAGGUUGCAGAUGGCGCGGCCACGGUAAAGGGGUACAAGAAGCUGGAGGAGAUGGUGAGGCGAUUCCAGAUCCCCAGAACCAUUCUGAUCCGAGCUGGGACACCAAAUGAACGGGCGUGUUCAGUGUCACGGACGGGCUGGGUGCUAGUAUACGUAGACCAUUUUGACGCCGGUCUACGUUUUCCUCUGCUCGGACUAAUUUUUGAUGUCCUAGCAGAGUACGAGCUGGCCCUUUCGCAACUUACUCCCAACAGCAUAAUGUUCAUCAUAGGCUUUAUGCUGUUGUGCGAAAGGCUGGGGAUGCCUGCAAAGGCGGUGGUCUUCAGGUCGCUCUUCCUAUGCCGUUUGUGCCCGUCGACCAGUGGGACGAGGUGGUACUACAUCUCGGGCAGGGAGAAGAUGAUGAUAUUCACCAACAUUAGAAAUAAGGUGGCGAGGUGGAAGAGACAGUUCGUGUUCGUGCGGGAUACGCGAACUGACAGGAUUAACAACGAGCUCGCCGCCCGUUUGUCAGAGUGGCGUACGCCGAACACAUACAUGAACUAUCCCCAGCUGACCAGUGGUGAUGUCGACCUGAAGAAUCGGCUGCUCGACUAUGUGAAGGCGAGGGGGUUGGUGGAUUUGGAAACCUUGGUUACCCUGGAGCAGAUCGCACUUCACGGAUUUGUCGACGUGGCAAAUCUACACUCCCAAGCAUCCUUGAGCGACAACGCCAGCGAGCUUAAGGCUCAAGGGGCCGGGGCGCUGGGUUUAGCUCCCAGUGUCAAUCCCGCUUUGACAAGCGGCCACCUGCUGCACCGAGGCGCAACUCGCAGCACCGGAGUUCCAGCUCGGCACAGAGGCCGCGACAAGCACCGGCUUGUAGCCCGCCCCUGCCGCUGCUGCGCGUCCUGCUGGUGUGCACCAAGCGCCAGCUUGCGAGGUUGCAGAGGCAGCACCAACCUCAUCGGUAUGCAGAACUUUGUGCCCCCUGCAAACCGGCUGCGUGCAAAGGGGCACGUCCAGCAGCAUGGAGGACAUGCUGCGCUAAUUAAGCUGAUGGAUGCAUUCAGCUACACUGUCGCACUCUUCGAGUGCGAGCAGGGAGCCAGGGCGCAGAACAGCGAGCUGCAACACAACUGUAAGCAGUUGGCAUCUGAGAAGGCCAGCUUGGCUGACGAGGUCAGCUGCUUGCAGAGCUCGGAGAUGGCAAACCGAGCGGCGUCAGCUGAAAGCCGAGCUGACGAGCUGGCUCGCAAGGUCCUUGAGCUGAGGGAGGAGCUGGACAGAGCUCGGGCUGAGAAGGGGAGCAGCAUUCAAGCUGCGAAGGAUGAGCACGUCGCCCAGGCUGAGGCGUCCUUGGAGAGGACUAAAAGACUCCACCAGCGCGACGUCUGCUUUGCCCGUGCACAGGGGGCUGAGUGGCUGGUGGGGGCAGAGAUGUUCCAGGACGCCGUGGCUGUGGCUGCAGCCAACACCACCACUGACAUCUUCAAUGAAGUUCGUGGGAAGGUGUUGGGAGUCCGAGCAGACUUCCCCAUUGGCGAGCUGGCCUGCUUCGAGGGCGAGGAGAUCGAUGCUGACGGGAAGAGCCUCGCCCAGCCAGCUGACACUAGGGUAAAACUGAAGUGGGAGCUCAACGAGGAGGGGCUGCCCGUUUCGCCCCCCUCUGUCGCUGAUGAGGGAGAGGACACGGAGGGGUUGCCGAGCUUCGAUGCUUGGGUGGCAGACCCCCAUGAUGUGCCUGCUGAGCCUUCCAGCACUCCUCCCUGUGCUCCGCCUCAGCCCGUCUCGACCGCUGCUCCAACUCCUCCUGCUCUCUCGCCACUUCAGUCUCCUGCUCACUCUUCCCAAGAUCGGUCAUCGCCAGCUCGAUCUGCUGCUGCGCCAAACGACGCAUCCAUCCCCGUCGACCUAACGGAUGAGUAGUUUAGGAUCUUUUGCUUUGCUUUUUGUAUUUCUUCUUGUCUUUUAUGUUAAUCGAACAUUUGUACAAGAAUAUUCAUGAAAUACAACUCCAAUAUUUGUUUUUGAAAUUGUUGUGUAUUGCUCUUGUAUUUUUGUGUAAAUCGAUGAAGUCAUUUGCAAUAUGUACUCCAUGUGUAAGAAUUCAAUGAUCAAAUGCAAAUUCGAAACUUUCCUUUGAAAAUUUCUGUAUUGAAUUUUCUGUAAAUCAUCAUCUACAAAUGAUCCAUAACGACCUGAACACUAGUGACAUACAUGUUAACUAUAAAACUUUCUAAGGUUA